AUGAACAUUGUAACGUCGUACUUUAUGGUGAAGCGGCUGUCAGGUAGCGUGUUUAUUGGCGAGGCUUCACUGCGACACCGUGUUGCACGGCAGGCAGAGUAUAUGGACUGCCUUCGACGCAACGCGGCACACGCGGAGGUGGCGGCGCUGCACAUUCUCGUCCAGGGAGCCGAUGCGUACCGCCACUUUCGUGCGCAUGUCCUGGAGGACGAAGGAUUUUUCCCGUCCAAAGAAAUGCGGCGCAAAAUUAUACCGGUGCUGCGAGACGAGGUGCAGCCGACCUACGCGGAUUUGUUUCAGCAUGCCAACCAGCUGCUGCGAGGGGAGCUGACGAUGAUCUGCAAUGCAGAUGUUUACCUCCCACAGGCAGGGGCGUCUGUGCAGGAGCUGCGGAAGUUGUUCGAUGGCAAUCCGGAUCGCCAUGUCGCAGUGGCGUUGACGCGGUACGAAAGCGAGCACCGCGGUGACGCUCCCCUUAUUGAGGACUACAGAGGAUCACACGACGCCUUUAUCAUUCGCCCACCCACAGAGGCGGCGUUUAUAGAGGGCGUGCGACACCCGCAAAACUGCUACAAGGCAGAGAAUAUCGUCUUAUACGAGCUGCAGCGCCACGGCUACGUUGUGGUGAACCCGUGCCGUAGUUUCAUGAUCGUUCAUCGCCACGCGGCAGACCUGCGCCAGUGGCUGCCAGCUGUGGACGAGGAGAGGUACGCGCGGGCACCACCUUGCACCAUGGCGGAGGCGCUUGACUUGAUAGGGCAAAGAGACUGCUAA